AUGUUUUUUCCUUCUAAUCUAGCUUGUAUCCGUGGCUUCUGGGGUCCAACAUGUGGUGACAGCUGUGGCCAUUGCCGUGGUGUUUCAUGUGCUAAAGAGGACGGACAUUGCCAGACGUGUGUUGCCAGAUACUGGGGUCCAUCGUGCGCAAAUCAGUGUAGCACAACUUGUAAAGAAGCCUCCUGUGACAGAGGGAACGGAAAUUGUCAGUCGUGUGUUGCCAGAUAUUGGGGUCCAUCGUGCGCAAAGCAGUGUAGCACUACUUGUAAAGAAGCCUCAUGUGACAGAGUGAACGGAAAUUGUCAGUCCUGUGCUGAUGGAUAUUGGGGUGUGCAUUGCAAACAGAGCUGUAACAAUAAUUGUGGAGGAACAACCUGUGACAAAGAAACCGGAAGUUGUACCUCUUGUGUUGCUGGGUAUUGGGAUCGGUCUUGCACUAAGCCGUGUAGCACAACAUGUAGAGAAUAUUCAUGUGACAAACAAGACGGAAGAUGUCAGUCCUGUGCUGAUGGAUAUUGGGGUUUGCACUGUAUGAAUAAUUGUCCCACUAAUUGUGGAGGAGCUACCUGUGAUAAAGAAACCGGAAGUUGUCCUUGUGCUGAUGGUUACUGGGGUCAGAAUUGCGAACUGAGAUGUGGUCAUUGCAGUGAAGGUUCUUGUGAUAGACAUAAUGGAAAUUGUCAAUGUCAGACUGGAUGGGCUCCACCGAGAUGUACAUCCUGCACCAAUGGAUACUGGAGUCCAUCUUGCAUCAUAUGUGGCCAUUGCUUAGGCUCUUCCUGUGACAAACAGACUGGGAAGUGCCAGUGCAAACCCGGAUGGGCGCCACCGAUAUGUACUUUGUGUGCAGAUUUGUGGUAUGGUGAAAAUUGCAACAAGACAUGCAACUGUAGAGACAAGACUGAAAUCUGUAACAAGAAAGGAGGUCAAUGCACUGCUUGUCCAGAUGGAUGGACUGGUGCAGCGUGCGAUGAAUGUGCUGUGGGGAAAUAUGGAUACAACUGUAACCAGACUUGUGGUAACUGCGAAGACAAACAGUGUGAUCGUGUCACUGGGUCUUGUCUUGGUGGAUGUGUUGCUGGGUUUGCUAAACCAGAGACUGGCUGUGCAGAGAAACUUGCAUCAGAUAAACAAGAUAACGGUUAUUCUGGUGCCACGGUCACUGCCCUGGCCAUUGUAGCAGGACUGGCUAUUGUUUUGCUUAUUGUACUCACCAGUGUGCUUGUGUGGUAUAUUAGACGUCUAAAAGCGAGACGGAGACACGGUGAACAAGACUGUUCUAAAAGAAAUGCGGACCUAAUAAAUGAUCGAGAAUACGAAAAUGUUGGAGCACAACACAUUGAUUCCGGUAAUGUGUCCAACACAGGAGAGCCUCAGUCAAGUGAUCAGAAUCCACAAGAUGGUGGUAACGAGGGUGGUUAUGUUAAUGCAGAGCAAGAUAUUCAAAUGAAUGAUUAUGAAAAACUUGAUACUUCUAUAGAUACCACUUCUCAGAAUGUCUAUGAAAAAAUAACUGGCAUAUAAUGUUUUUAUAUAAACGUUUAGCAAAUCUGUUCAUAACAUUUCGCUCUAGAUUUGCGCCUAAUGUUAGCAUGGCUACAAACGAUUAUAUAUUUGUUUACACGAGUACUGAUAUACACUAUUGCAUACGCGUGCAUGUAUUUAUGUAAUGUUGAUAAUUAUUAGUUAUUUUGAAGAACAUAUGCACGUGUAAGGGUGGCACAGGGGUUUUACUAUUUCAUGGUAUGGCAUGAGGAAUAUGUUUUCUAACAAUACUGUCAAUAUUGUCAAAUCAAUGCAUCAUUCAGCGAAUUGUUAUGAAAUAGCAAGCCAAUCAUGUUUCUAUCAGAAUGAUUUUGAUAAAAUCUGGUUUAAUCUGGAAGCUAUAUCGUCAUUUAUAUAUCACAGACAAGCUGUAUCAAUGAAAUAUCAUGUUUACUUAUGUCAGUGCUCCUAUUAUCUAAGAGCAUGUGAAUUAUGAAUCAUGAUGAACACACAGAGUGAAACCGAAAACAUUAAUAUUACCGAAAGAAAUGUAUGAAGAAAAAUAGAAAUAUGAAUCUAGUGUUAAUUAGACACAACGUGAAGAAUUCGUAUGUAGAUGGAGAAUAUGUUUUAUCACGAAAAUAUAUAUAUAUAGAAAAUUUCCAACUGCUAUACGUUAGGUAGCCUUCGUUUCAUCGUUCUUUUCGGGGGGGGGGGGGGGGGGG